AGCCAUUCUGGCUCAAGGACAGCGAUACUCCCGUUGGCCCGCAUCUUGUGCCCAAUUCGCGCGAAAGCCCAUGGCGAAGUCCAAGAACCACACUGGCCACAACCAGGUCUACAAGAACCACCGGAAUGGCAUCAAGAAGACCCGACGCCCACGGAAGAUGUCCAUGCAGGGCAUGAAUUGCAAAUUCGUGCGCAACCAGGCCUAUGCCAAGCGCGGGAUGAAGUGCACCGCAGAGGAGAAGGAGGAGCGCCUGGCAGCGCAGAAGGAGGCGCAGAAGAAGAUCGAGGAGAAGAAGUCGGCUGCCAGGGACCAGCGCCUCAAGGAGCUCCAGGAGGAGAAGGAAGCAGCCAUGCUCAAGGCCUCGAAGUCCAAGAAGUAGACGGCGGGCGACUGCGGUUUGAGCGGGCGCAUGGCCUCGGACCAGUCCCCGCAUGCCCAGCCCUCGCCAGGAGCGGCGGGCCAGCCGUGGGCCGAGGCAGCGGCGGCGAGGAAGAAACGAAAACAAAACAAAACAAAACAAAACAAC